CAAAUGUCUUUUGACGACACUUACUAACAGUCAGCUAUCUUAAAAAGCUUGAAACGUGGUUUACACAUGAUCAUGUAUAUACUUAGGCUACUUUUAAGACACCCCCACCUCUACCUUUUGUUUAUAAAAAUUUGUCCCACUUUUACAUAGGCCGGAUCAACCUAUUCGUUUUACAUGAGCCUACUAUAUUAGAAGAAACACCAUUAUGUUCAACAUCGAGUAUUUAUAUAUAGGCUACAUACAUGAGUAGCUAUUAUAAAAGGCUAAUUGCGAAUAUCACAAAGGAUCUCAUAAGAUCCAACAUCAUCAACAGUUUCAAACUCGGGGUAAGGCCAGUUCACACCAAGCUAACUAUAAAGAUAACGACAAAGUUAUAGUUCGAUAAAGUCGUUCUCAAUAUUAAAAAAUGGCAGCGUCCACACCACAGCAAUAACGAUAACGCCAAAGAGAAACGAUAUCGUUGGAAUCACUUUCAGAGCGAUUUUAUUCAGCUGAAGAACGAUAAAAACAUUGACAGCCAAUCAGAAUCCAUCCUCCUUUAAAUAGCUCGAGCAUUUAAAGUGACAGACAAGCACGCGCUUAGAAUAAACAGAACAAUAUCGUCCGUUGGUGUGGAAACUAAUAUAGUUAUCUUUAUAGUUGUCGUUCUUGGUGUGAACGGGCAUGUAGGCUAUAUCAAUCUUGAGUCAAGCAUAUCAUUAUUCCAUUACCUUGUUUUUCCUGGUUUUGUUGAAAGGAGAGCCCUAUAUGAUGAACUGAGUGUAGCUACGUGAGGAGCACUAUAACGUGCACCGGUACUCCCACGCGCCUCUGACCGUUCAUUCAGCACCACAGCAACCGAACAGCGACCACAGCGUGCACAUCAACAACGGACAUGGGAACUGUUUAUUUAAAAGCCGAAUAGCACAUUUCAACGAUUUAUCCAAUCUCAUCUGGACGCCUCGCGUGUUUGUGUGGAUGUCAGUGUUUACUGAAGGAAUACACGCUAUAAAGGAACGUCAAAUGUGAUGUGAUCGAGAGCAACACUCCGCUGUGUAACAUACUUUUCGCGGUUCCUCCCCCGUCGUAAAUCAUGAAAUACUUUGAGAUUGCCUGUUGUUCCGAAACCGCAAACAUCAAUCGAGAAAAACCGAAUCGCGACCACCUCUUGUCGAGGCGAGCGGUCCGCCACACCUGACUGUUUUUGCUCUGCCUCCGGUUGUGACAUGAAAACUCGGACCAGAAAGAAACGGAUGAAAGGGCGAAGAACUGCAAAAGGCCAUGUGGAUUUGAAAGGGAACAUAUCAGAUUGAAGUGGGAGCCCAAAACAACCCUUAAGCCCGAUCGCGAGUGACAAUCGAAGGCAUGGGCACACCAAAGAUCAAGAGAUGGUCGGAGGUCUUGCAACCUGUUGUUGAUCCUGAGUAACUAGACAGUGAUUUGAUAUCUGUUGAUCAUACCUAAAUGGCAGUGACUUGGGGGAAAGCACGUGCUUUUGAUUGACACCUGUUUUGUUUUGUCUUGUUCUUGAUAUUUUUAAAUUCAGAAAGCCUACAUUUAUUAACUUGAAGAGUAGCCUAACUAUUUUGGGCGCAUGGGACUGGACAUGAGCUUAUAUCGACGCGUUUUUUUCGGAAUAUACUUAUUUAUUUUUUAAACACCCUACUUGGUUGGUUGAUUACCCUGACUCUGACCCUCUCCAGCCAUGGGCUGCCUUCAGAGUGUCGCCUGCAAGCCCCGAAUCAAACGCGAGAACAUCGUUGUUUACGACGUCUCUGCUACUAUUGACCAUUGCCCGACAGUGAUUGAGGAGAAUUCACCCAUAGUGCUCCGCUACAAAACCCCGUACUUCAAGGCCUCCGCCCGGAUAGUAAUGCCGCCGAUCCCUCGAAAUGAGACUUGGGUUGUGGGUUGGAUUCAAGCGUGCACUCAAAUGGAAUUCUACAACACUUAUGGAGACCUCGGCAUGUCAAGCUGGGAGCUGCCAGAGUUACGAGAAGGGCUGGUGAAGGCUAUCAGCGACUCGGACGGCGUGAGUUACCCGUGGUACGGAAACACAACAGAAACGGUGACUCUCUCCGGCCCCGCAUCCAAACCCUCACGCUUCACUGUCAGCAUGAAUGAUAACUUCUACCCCAGUGUAACAUGGGCCGUACCGGUGAGCGAGAGCAAUGUGCCUUUGCUCACGCGGAUCAAGCGCGACCAGAGCUUCACCACUUGGCUGGUGGCUUUGAAUAUGUCCACACAGGAGAAGAUCCUCCUGCAGACAGUGAAGUGGAGGAUGAAAGUGGACAUCGCAGUGGACCCCUCCAAGCCACUGGGCUCUCGAGCAAGACUCACUGGCCGGGUGCACCAGGACCAGCCCAAGGUGUUGACCCAUAUGGACCCGAUUCCCCCUAACGCUCUGGGUAAACCUAAUGCUAAUGACGCCCAAGUGCUAAUGUGGAGGCCCAAGCGAGGACCACCAUUAGUGGUGAUCCCCUCCAAGUAGCAGGUUGUGGGAAAACGUGAAGGUUUUCAAUCAAAAUUUGCCUUAAAUCCACACUACUGCCUUUAAAGAGAUGUUUGGUUCUUGAAUGGCCAUAGAGACACUUAAAGGGAUAGUUCACCCAAAAAUUAAAAUUAUCCCAUAAUUUACUCAACCUUAAAGGGUUAGUUCACCCAAAAAUGAAAAUUCUGUCAUUAAUUACUCACCCUCAUGUCAUUCCACACCUGUAAGACCU